UAAAACCCCCUUCCACACUUUCCAUCCCGAUCCGCCACCACCAUCGCCGCAAAUGGGAAACUGCUGCAGAUCUCCGGCCGCCGUCGCCCGCGAGGACGUCAAAUCCAGCUUCUCCGACCACCACGCUAAGCGUGCUGCUGCUGGAGACUCCUCCGCCGCCGGAGGCACCGGUGGGAAGAAGAAGCCUCCUCCGAUCACCGUCCUCACCGGCGUUCCCAAAGAGAACAUCGAGGACCGGUACCUAGUAGACCGCGAGCUCGGCCGUGGCGAGUUCGGUGUGACGUACCUCUGCAUCGACCGCGAGACGCGGGAGUUGCUCGCGUGCAAGAGCAUCUCGAAGCGGAAGCUCCGCACUGCCGUGGACGUUGAGGACGUCCGCCGCGAGGUGGCGAUCAUGCGCCACCUGCCGCGAAGCCCGUCCAUCGUGUCGCUCCGGGAGGCCUGCGAGGAUGACAAUGCAGUCCAUCUCGUCAUGGAACUCUGUGAGGGCGGUGAGCUCUUUGACCGAAUCGUUGCCAGGGGUCAUUAUACGGAGAGGGCGGCCGCAGCGGUUGCACGGACCAUCGUGGAGGUAGUGCAGCUUUGCCACAAGCACGGGGUGAUCCACAGGGACCUCAAGCCAGAGAAUUUCUUGUUUGCUAAUAAGAAGGAGAACUCGCCUCUCAAGGCUAUCGAUUUUGGGUUGUCCAUAUUCUUCAAGCCAGGUGAGAGGUUCUCAGAAAUUGUUGGAAGUCCUUAUUAUAUGGCUCCAGAGGUGCUCAAGCGGAACUAUGGGCCAGAGAUAGAUAUAUGGAGUGCGGGAGUGAUUCUCUAUAUCUUAUUGUGUGGUGUUCCCCCAUUUUGGGCUGAAUCUGAACAAGGGGUUGCACAGGCCAUUCUUCGAGGGCUUAUAGAUUUCAAACGGGAACCUUGGCCCAGUAUUUCUGAAAGUGCUAAAAGUCUUGUUAGGCAAAUGUUAGAACCAGACCCUAAGCUUCGGUUAACUGCCAAACAAGUGCUCGAGCAUCCUUGGCUACAAAAUGCUAAAAAGGCUCCUAAUGUUCCUCUUGGAGAUGUUGUCAAGUCAAGGCUUAAGCAAUUUUCGAUGAUGAACAGAUUCAAAAGAAAAGCCCUUAGGGUCAUUGCUGAUUUCUUAUCUAAUGAAGAAGUUGAAGACAUUAAAGAUAUGUUCAAGAAAAUGGAUAGUGAUAAUGAUGGUAUCGUUUCCAUUGAAGAAUUGAAAGCUGGAUUUCAAAAUUCUGGAUCCCAACUUGCUGAGUCUGAAGUUCAGAUGUUUAUUGAGGCUGUAGAUAAUAACGGGAAGGGAACACUUGACUACGGAGAAUUUGUUGCUGUUUCUCUUCAUUUAAAAAGGAUGGCUAACGAUGAGCAUCUUCGCAAGGCCUUCUCAUAUUUUGACAAGGAUGGGAAUGGAUAUAUUGAACCUGAAGAGCUACGAAAUGCCUUAAUGGAAGAUGGAGCAGACGAUUGUACAGAUGUAGCAAAUGAUAUUUUCCAAGAAGUAGACACGGACAAGGAUGGACGUAUCAGCUAUGAUGAGUUUGUGGCUAUGAUGAAAACUGGAACAGAUUGGCGGAAAGCAUCUAGGCAUUACUCACGCGGUAGAUUCAACAGCUUGAGCUUGAAAUUGAUGAAAGACGGUUCUUUAAACAUAGGAAAUGAGCAGUUAUCUUGAGUAGUAGUUGUCGUAAGUAUUGGUGUGUGUCUUUCCCAUUUGUGUAAUAUUCCUCCUACAUUCUGGACUUGGCCUUUUUGUGAUAUGAUUAUUUGGUUCCUUGUUUGAUGGAGGUCCCUUUUUCACUUGGUAUUGUGAGAAUUGCCGAAGGAAUUAGAAUUAGUGCACCAAAAAUACAUGAAUGUCCUCUAUUAUUACUUUGUAAAACAUGGUGCCUUGGAGAGCAAAUGGGUGACCUGUAUGAAUGAUUCCACUAGAUUUUUCCACUCCUGCCUUCUGUUCUGGUUUGACAAUGUUGAAUCAAAACUGUUAAGUGCAGUCAGCUUGUUUAUCUAAAUUGAAAAUGUUUCCUAGUUUGUAUUC